UUUCCCCACAAAAUGCAAUCUCUGCGCUCCUCCGCCGCCCAAUCGCCCCUCCACCACUCCAAUUUCUCCCCAAACCACGACGCCAGAGCAUCCUCCAACCGCCUCGCCUGCUCCCGCCGCAGGCCGCUGGUACGCGCCACGUUGUCAAAGCAGGGCUCGGAGACGCUCACCUCUGCCCCUAGGGCUCCGCCUCCGCCGGUAUCGGAGCCGCUGCUGAGAGUCUCUCCGGCUUCGCUCCAGUGCGAGAGCGGUCGUCUGCUGCGUAAUGAGAAUAUGGGGAAUGGAGCGGGUAGGGAAGCUACGCUGAGUGCGAUGGAUUAUCUGACCAACAUUCUGGCGUCGAAGGUGUAUGACGUGGCGUGUGAAUCGCCGCUGCAGCUGGCGGAGAAGCUGUCGGAGAGGUGGGGAGCGAAAGUGUGGCUAAAGAGAGAGGAUCUGCAGCCUGCUUUCUCAUUCAAGCUUCGAGGAGCUUAUAAUAUGAUGGCUAAACUUUCAAAAGAACAGCUUGAAAGAGGGGUGAUUUGUUCCUCAGCAGGAAAUCAUGCUCAAGGUGUAGCAUUAUCUGCCAAGAGAUUGGGAUGCAAUGCUGUGAUUGUGAUGCCUGUUACUACUCCAGAGAUCAAGUGGAGAUCAGUUGAAAGACUUGGGGCCACUGUUGUUCUCCUAGGCGACUCGUAUGGUGAAGCUCAGUCUUAUGCCAAAAAGAGAGCGGAAGAGGAGGGCCUCUCAUUUAUACCUGGUUUUGAUCACCCUGAUGUAAUCAUAGGGCAGGGAACUGUUGGAAUGGAGAUUGUGAAGCAGAUAACUGGCCCGAUAGAAGCCAUUUUUGUGCCUGUUGGUGGUGGGGGGCUCAUAGCUGGCAUUGCUACCUAUGUGAAAAGGGUUCGUCCAGAAGUUAAGAUUAUUGGAGUGGAACCAUUUGAUUCAAAUGUGAUGGCACUGUCACUUCACCAUGAUCGGCGUGUAAUGCUGGACCAAGUGGGAGGCUUUGCUGAGGGAGUAGCAAUAGAAGUGGCUGGGGAAGAGACUUUCCGAUUAUGCAGGGAACUGAUAGACGGUGUCGUUCUUGUCGGCCGUGAUGCAAUUUGUGCAUCAAUAAAGGACAUGUUUGAGGAGAAAAGGAGCAUUUUAGAACCUGCAGGUGCUCUUGCCUUAGCUGGAGCCGAAGCUUACUGCAAAUACUAUGGACUGAAGGAUGUAAAUGUAGUAGCAAUUACCACUGGAGCCAACAUCAACUUUGAUAGAUUGAGAUUGGUAACUGAACUUGCAGAUGUAGGUAGGCGACGGGAAGCUGUACUUGCGACUUGCAUGACAGAGGAGCCAGGGAGCUUAAAAGAAUUCUGCGAGCUAGUUGGACCUAUGAAUAUUACUGAAUUUAAAUACAGAUAUAGUUCAGAUAAAGGACAAGCUUUCGUACUCUACAGUGUUGGCCUUCAUACUGACUUUGAACUUCAAGCAAUGGUCCAGAGAAUGGAAUCUGCUAAACUGCAAACCAUAAAUCUUACAGAGAAUGACUUGUUCAAGGAUCAUUUGAGACAUUUGAUGGGUGGAAGAUCAAAUGCUAAAGAUGAGCUGCUGUGCCGUUUCAUUUUCCCAGAGAGGCCUGGUGCCUUGAUGAAAUUUUUGGAUGCUUUGAGUCCACGUUGGAAUAUAAGUUUGUUCCAUUAUCGUGAGCAGGGAGAAUCUGGUGCAAAUGUGCUAGUUGGCAUCCAAGUUGCUCCAAUGGAGAUGGAGGAGUUUCGCUAUCGUGCAAACAGUCUUGGGUAUACGUAUGAACUGGAAACUGCUAAUGAAGCGUUCCAGCUUUUAAUGCGACGAAUGUAGAUUGGACGGUACCUUGAUUUACCCCACCCGUUGGAUCAAAAAUAACUCAGAAAGGUAAAAAUUCUUAGUUUGCCGGAUUUCAUGUAAAAGUAGUUAUAUCUAAGAUGAGAACCAUUCUGGUUUAAGUUCCUUGGUUCUCUCUGUUUAUUAUGUUGUUGUUUUAUGGUUCAGUAAUGUUGAAAUAAUGUAGUUUCAUUACAACUGUGGUCACUGACGGAACCAGCUCAAGCGGGGAGAGAUAGAGGAGGAGGGUGAAAGGGGCGGAGGAGAGAGUUACUACUUUUCUAGUAAUUUUUUAUUUUUUAUUUUAUUCAUUCUUAACAAAGUUUUUGGUGUAUUUGGGAUUUAUUUGAGUAGGAGUAUUCUAUA